CCGUGGGGUCAGCAUUCGACGCCGAGAGCAUUUUGCAUUUAGCGGCGGAAAGGACGGUCGCCGAUGUCUCGGUUGAAGUCGGCAAGCGAACUGCCGACACACGAUCGGUUCCAGCCCCGUGCUCCGGCGGCACCCGUCGAUAUGAACAGCCUCAGCAUCAACCAGCGCUUGGUCUUGGAGAACAAAAAGCGCGCGUUGGACAAGACACGUCGGCGCAACACGAUCGAAGUGGAGCGGAUGCUGACGACGGAGCCAGUCGAAGUUGGAUCUCAAAUUUGGGUCCCGGACUCGGAAACUGUUUGGCGCGUGGUGCAAGUGACCAAGGUCCACGGGGAAGAACGAGGUAUGAUCUUGACGGUUGUGGGACACCGAGGAGAAGAAAAAGUCGAUAUGCGUGACAUUGGCGACAUCUACCGUGUCAAUCCUCGUGUUGUCGACGACAUGACAUCGCUGUACUACAUCCAUGAAGCCGGUAUCUUGGAAAACUUGAACAUUCGCAGUCGCUUGGACAAUCAACGCCCGUACACGUUCAUGGCAAACGUCCUCAUUGCAGUUAACCCAUUGCGCAAGGUUGUUGAGCCCAACAUCAAGGACUACGUAAAGACACAAAUGGGUGACCGUCCCCCGCAUCCGUACGCCGUUGCAGAAGUCGCGUUCCAGCAAAUGGCACUUCGAUCCCCAUCGCAGGACCAGUCCAUUGUCAUUUCUGGCGAAUCCGGAGCUGGGAAAACAGAAACAUCCAAAAUCGUGUUGCGCUACAUCACCACCCGUGAACACAUCAUCAACGGGAGCAAAGAGAAUUCGGUUGUCACGAUGGCCAAAAUCUCGUCGCAAGAGCUCGAUCGGCGCCUUUGGGAUACAAACCCGAUCUUGGAGGCAUUUGGGAACGCCAAGACGCUGCGCAACCACAACUCGAGUCGAUUUGGCAAGUUCAUGAAGCUGCAAUUCCAAGACAUGGGAAAAACUGGAUUGCACCUCGUUGGCGCGUACAUUGAGACGUACUUGCUCGAGAAAUUUCGCGUCGUAGCACAAAUCCCGAACGAGCGCAACUUCCACAUCUUUUACUACCUCUUGGCCGGGGCGUCCGACGAACUUUCGAAUCAAUUGCAACUAUCGGCGCCGACGAGUUACUUGUACCUGAACCAAAGCGGAUGCGUUUCUGACCCGAACAUCGACGACGAGCUCUUGUUUGAUGAUGUGUGCAGUGCGCUGAAGUCUGUUGGAGUCGAUGCCGCUAUGCAGUUGCAUGUGUGGACAGUGUUGUCCGGUCUGCUUCAUUUCGGCAACGUAGUACUCAAGAAUCGCGAAACAUCCGAAGGCGACGCAGGCGACAUCACCAAGGAAACAGCGGGGGCGCUCCGCACCGCCGCCAAGCACUUAGGCGUGGACGUUGCUUACUUGGAGCGUGUGAUCACGACACGUGAAAUCAACACCCGCGGCGAAAACUUUGUCAUCAAGCGCAAUGCAAAAGAAGGCAUGUACGUGCGCGAUGCGAUCGUAAAGUCGAUCUACCAGCACUUGUUCGACUGGAUCGUGAAUCACAUCAACGUUUCGCUCGGUCACGGCCCGCCAGACCUCUCGUUCAUUGGGGUUCUCGAUAUCUUUGGAUUUGAAUCUUUCGACCACAACGAUUUUGAGCAGCUUUUGAUCAACUACGCCAACGAAGCGUUGCAGGCCACGUUCAACCAGCAAGUGUUCAUUGCUGAACAGGAGCUCUUUACCCAAGAAGGAAUCGACGUUGGCAAAAUCGCCUGGCCCGACAACCGAGACUGUAUCGAGUUGAUCUCGUCGAAACCGAACGGUGUAUUGCCGCUUUUGGACUCCGAGUCGCGCACGCAAAAGCCCUCCGACGAAAAGUGGAACACGACGCUACACAAGACCCAUGUGGGCCACGCCCACUUUUUGGCACCCCACGAAAAAGACAAAAAGUUUGUCUUCAUCAUCAAGCACUUUGCCACGAUGGUGACGUACACAGUGGGCAACUUUAUCGACAAAAACAACGACACAAUCCCGAAAGACCUCGAAGAUUUGGUGCUGUCGUCGACAUCCGUGCUCAUGGCACAGAUUUACAAGUCCGGUGUUGACGACGUCGGUGUCGCGGCAUUUAAGAAGCCGAGUGUGUCGCUGAAGUUCUGUGACCAAAUGCAAUCGCUUGUCGACACACUAAACGCCACACGAUGCAACUUUAUUCGAUGCGUGAAACCCAAUCCUACCAUGACGUUGGGGACAUUCGACAAUGGGUAUGUUGUGGACCAACUACGUUGCACUGGGAUGCUCGCGACCUGCGAACUCCUCAAAGUCGGUCUGCCCACACGCGUGUCGUACGAAGAAAUUUGUCGUAUUUACAAGCCAGUAUUGCCGCCCAACGUCACACCCAUGUUUCAAUGCUACAAUGACCGAACCUUCACUGAAGCCGUGUUGUGGGCGUUCCGCGUUGACCCCGAUGCGUACCGACUCGGUCGCACCCGGGUGUUUUUUAAGACUGGCAAGAUUGCUCUUUUGGACGCCUUACUAAAGGUAGAUAUGAAGAAAAUGGGACCGUGGAUUGUCGCCCGCCUCAAGAAGUGGCUCGCGCGCCGUCGUUGGCGAUAUGCCACGGCCAAAGUUAUGGCCCAACGCGCCUUCCUGUGGCUACUGGACUACGUUCGCCACCGCAAGGCGGCUAUCAUUAAGCUCCAGUCCGUUGUCCGCAUGUACAACGUUCGCAAGCAAUUCCUUGUCGCCCGAGCGUACAAGAGGGAGGAAGCGAAACGAAAGGAAGUCGCCAUCCACCGAUGGAAGAAAGCCAUUGCUGUGGUGCGCGGACGAAAUGCAUUGAACAGCUUGUUUAUUACCAGUCGGACCAAGCUGCAGGCCGAACUCGCCCGAAUUAAUCGCGCUGCCACCGUGCUCCAGACCAUUGCACGAGGAAAAUUGGCUCGACGAGAAGCCGAAAAGUUGCGCCGAGCGGCGCAAGAAGCUGCAUUGCGCUUGCGCUUGAAGAAGGAAGCUGACGCACGCCUUGAAGCCAGCAAGAAAACAGCAAAGAGACGCUGGCAUGCGGCUUUCAUUGCCGUGACCGCUCAGCGCUUGUUUGUUUCGCGCUUUGUUAAAAUCCACAACAGUCGUUUGGUCGCCGAAAAGGCUGAGCAACGUGCUCGUGAAGAAGAAAUUUUGCGCCUGCAACGCUUGGACGCGGAACGAAUUCGUCAGCAGCAGCUCCAACACCAGUCUGCUGUCAAGAUUCAAGCCGCCUAUCGUGGAAAAGUCGGUCGUGAUGAAGCGAGUCGAGUGGCGGCUGUCGCGUAUGCCCAAUCUGCUGCAUUGGCCGCGUCGUUGGCGGCGGAAGAAGCUGCCCGAGCUGCGGAGUUGGCAUCGAAGGCUCAUGAAGCUGAAGCUGCUGCUCUCCGCAAGUUGGACUCGUUGGAAGCGUCCCGAAUGGCUACUAUUGGCGCCGUACCUGCCAGUAUCGGCGUCUUAGGUACCGCCGGAGUCGCUCAUGGGGUGGCUGGUGAAGCAGGGGCAAUGGGAGCCCUCGGAUCGCAGGGUGUUGCAGGCGCUUUGAUCGACAAGCAAGAGAGUUUGGUCGAGCCAGACAUGAGCUGGAUGCCUAAAGACACCCCCGCCUUUAGCGAAGGAACUACUGGCAACGGGUUGACAGCCGAUGAGUUGCACCAAGCUGGCGUGGACCUGUUUGGUGAAGAAGGCGCUCAAAUUCAAGGCCCACUUAUCAGUGCCGAUGACGACGACCUGCGCAACCCUGUGGAACGUAUGCAAGAAUUCCCGACGGGACCACCGAUCCCGUACAAGGGUGGAAUAUUCACAUGCACUUUGUUGGGGCACCGCAAGUUGCAAGAUGAAAACUGGGGCGACGAGUACACCGAAUACGUUUUGCGGGUCACAUGGGGCCGAGACAUUCUCGAGCAAUCCAAGACUGCCUGGCUGGUAGGUGGUCGCUACAACGAUUUCAACGCGCUCCAUCAAGAAUUGAAAGCAGCCGCGUCCGGCCAAAAGGGCAAACGAGCCCCUUGGUUCCCUCGUUUCCCCAAACGCCAUCCGUUUUCGUCGUUGAUUGGAAAGAACCAGGAAGAAAAGUUCAUCACGAAGCGUGAAAAGGAACUGAAUCGGUACAUGACUCAAGUGCUGACUCAAAUGCCCGAUGCGUUGUUGAACGUACAUAUGGAUCGUUUCUUGCAGCUCACGCUGCGCACGAAUGACAUUUGCGAGCGAGAAGCCUUCGCGGAAGCGCGCAAGCAAUGGGAAGAAGAGGAGCGUGAGGCUUUGGCCCAUGCCGCUGAUGCUGAGCCACUCAACGACAGUGAAAUCCACGAAGUCGAAGAACUGGUCCAUAGCUUGCUCGAAAAGAUCAUUUACGCGCAAGGGGACAUCCGUACGGAUGGUGCUUUGCAGGAGAUGAUCCACGCUGUCAAGGUGCUGCAGCCGCGUGUUGCAGCGUCAGCACAAAUUGGCGCAGGUGUCAACAUGGAACUGGUGCCUUUGGCCAUGCAACUGCAAGACGACAUUCAAGAUGCGUUCAACCAGUACAAUGAUACGUUGUUGGCUCUGCGGUUGGGCCAAGAAUUCGACUAACACGAGAACGUCCAAGGCGCACUUGCCAAGUGAACUUUGUGCAAAGGUCUGCUAUCGUUAGGUCGUUGGCAUAAUACAGUCGUUUUUGUGUGAAGAA